GCGUCAAAAGGUUCCAGCCAGAAGUACCUCGCUUCCGCCGUCCAACGCUCGUCUGGAUUGUUAAAUUCAUUACCUGGCCCCUGCGAGAUGUUCUGCUCUCCAUAAUUGAAUUUCGGAUACGUUUUCUGUUAGACUGUGUUUAUAAAUUUGUUACAACGGCUUCCAUAACGUUCCACCACGCAAAACCAAUGCCUCUGGCGGCGGAUGCCGUUCGGGAGAAAAGAUUCGUUAUAAGGCUAGAGUCAACGGAAGCCGAGGAUAAUUUUAGUCGCCUCUUCUCGUUACCAGCGCCACCAGACAUCAGUAUACCAUGUCGUUACCAAGGGAAUUCAUUUUUAAUAAGGAGUUGUCGAAGCUGGACGCUCAACUGCUCGGUUCCUCAGCGCCGCCAACAUCAACAGCGCCAGUGUCUUGUUCAAUCGAAAUGGCAGCGGAUCCCAUCACAGAGGUGUUAUCCCCGGACAAGGCGGGUUCUCUCCUGUCCAUCCAAUCAGCUCCCCCAGAGCAGAGCGAGCGUUCAGAACCACGCGAGCGACCGGUCACUCUGCUGCUAGAGUUGCCCUUAGCCACCCAAGUCGGUGCGUAUUUAUCAGCUAUGUCCCCGACUGAUCAGGAAGAAGACUCCUUGUUGACGUUGUCGUCGGUGACAGCGCGCCCUCUGUUGGCAGCUUCGAGGAAGUUGAGACCACACUCAGAUUCCGCUGAUCUUUCCCCCCCGGACGGCGGGUACGGCUGGGUGGUGGUGUUCGGUGCCUUCAUGGUUCAGUUCUGGGUGGCCGGCCUCUUCAAGUCAUAUGGAGUUCUGUACGUUGAAAUUAUGGAGACAUUCCCGGACUCAUCGGAGAGCGUCGCUUCAUGGAUACCAGCGGCACUGUCGACUUUGUGCUUGGCGCUUGCGCCGCUCUCAUCAGCUCUGUGUGAGAAGUAUUCGUGUCGUCUGGUGGUGUUCGCUGGAGGUCUCUGCUGCGGCGCGGGCCUGGCGCUCUCGUAUUUCAGCAACGGUCUGCUGCAUUUACUGCUCAGCUUCGGAGUGCUGACGGGUAUUGGGGGCGGACUGUCCACAACGCCGGGCAUUGUGAUCGUCUCACAGUAUUUCGACAAGCACAGGGCGUUGGCUAACGGUAUAUGUGUGAGCGGGACGGCUGUAGGCAGCUUCGUUUUUCCAAUGCUCAUAGAGAAAUUAGUUGGAACUUACGGAUUCCACGGCACUGUACUGUUAUUGGGUGCCGGUAUGCUACACGUGUGCGUCUCUGCCACGUUGUACCGAGCGCCGCCAGCACCACGACCAGCGUCACCAACCGUCACCACCACCACCACGGAGAACACCACACUACUGAACGAUAUACAGGAAGGAAAAACAGCGGUCUUCAAUUCCAUGGACAACAAGCUGCAGAACCUGUUCCAGCCGGAGACGGAGCUGACCUUGACUUUGAACCAGAAGAACAACAUCCUGAGUGAAGAGAAACGAGCCAACUUACUCAGCGAGAUCAUUCAUCCUAGCCUCAUAGAGGUGACGAGUCGUCCCCUUCAAAGCCAAAUGUCCGACUCAGAGGAUUCCGAAGGUUUGGACGUACUCGGAGUUGUGGGUCUGCCCCGGGAUGUUGUGAAGCUUCGUCUCAGACCCACUCGUUCAUCAUCUAUCUUACACUCCGUAGAAGAUCUGUCCACGGACAGCACGUGUGUUUACAAAGCGAGAGGCAGGAUUCUUAGUCGAUCUCUUUACAUUAAGCCACCUCUACCGAACAGAAUAAUACAAAGCAAGCUCUCCGAACCGGUGAGCAUUAAGAAGGAAGAAGAAGAGUUAAAAGAAGAGACCGUAGAAGUUAAAGAAGAGAAGAGAGGAUGCGUCGUGACAAUAUCCAGGUACCUCGACGUGUCGUUAUUGAAGUCGUGGCGCUUCGGUCUCCUGUGCGCCUCCGUGGCCCUCAUGUCGUGCGGCUCGCCCUACGCCCUCUAUUACUUACCGGCUUACACAGUCGCUGCUGGACACAGCAAAGCCGCUGCCGGUCACCUGGUCGCUAUAAGCGCCAUCCUGGACCUGUGCGGCAGACUGGGCCUGGGAUGGCUGUGCGAUCUUCAUUUGUUUUGCAGACGGAAGGCCUAUAUAGUCAGUAUUCUGGUGGCGGGCGCUGCUGUCCUGACUCUGCCGAGUCUGACUUCGUGGUGGAGUUUAGCCAUUGCUUCCGGUGCCUACGGUCUCUGUCUGGGUUGCUGGUUCCUCCUGGUCCCUGUCCUGCUAGCAGACGCCUUCGGCACCGCGAGGAUCGCCUCCUCGUACGGCCUCGUCAGAAUGUUCCAGAGUCUUGCAGCUGUCUCAGUGCCACCAACAGCUGGUUUGCUCCGUGACGUGACCGGUGGUUACUCGUGGUGUUUCUACGGCAUGGGCUCCUGCAUGGUACUGGGUUCAAUUCCCGUGCUGGCGUUCCACCUCAGCACCAAAAACGAGGACAACGAAUCGUCAGUGGAUUGAAAUGUAUACAUUAUAUCGUAUGAUAAUAAUCUUAUGCCCGACGGACGUCUGAAACGAUUGAAUGAGCUACAGGCCUUUAAAGUGGAGCUAUGAUACACCGAGUUAAAACAUACUAACUGUUUAAAAUUAUAUUCAAAAUAAUAUCAUAUCUCCUCUUUAGUGAUGUGGGGGAAUAGAAGGAGGAAAAUUAUCAUAUUUUUGUAAUAUCGAAUAAAAUAAAUGAGUUUUAAAACUUAUUAAUACCAAAUUUUAUCUUUACAAAAUGUAUUUUAUCUUAAGAAUUGUGGCAAAUGAAAAUACUGAAAUGGAUUUUAUUAAAUCAACCGUAUACAGUGAUACAGUCGAUUUUGUAUGAGAAAUAAUAUAAGACCUAAUAUUUAUUUUUUUUUUAUUCACGGCCAUUUUGUUUUAUUUUUAAUCUGCUUCGUAUGAACUAAGACAUUGUGUUCAUAGCUACAGGUAUAUACUCAUCCGAUGUUGGAAUAUGUAAAUAAUGUUAGCUAUAGAUAUUAAAUGUAUUCUAAAAUAUUAUAAGUGAUGUGACAUUUUUAAAGUGUGAUUUAAUUAGACUCCACGCUUCCUUUAUGGUGCAGAUUUUAGAACGGUUUAAAACUGGCAUCAUUCAAAAUGGCGGACGUAUAAAUACGUCAUAUAUAUUUUUACUGUCAAAUGUGAUGAUAUCUUUGUGGUUCUUGUUUUUUGUUUUUUAAUAUUCCGCUUGAGUGAAACGAUAUUUUCGCAAAAAUAUACGCGUAUGUCGAACGUAGUUUGUUUUCAAUUACACCUUAACGUUAUAUUUGUCCAAAGUGCAUGUGUCAUAGAGAACGAAUGUUCCUCCUAUCAUUAUAUGUAACGUAGAUAAGCAAUUGUAUUGAUGUAAUAAUAUAUAUGUACAUAAUA